ACUUAAUAUCAUUAUAAUUCCGAUAAUGGUGUGUUUUUUAAAAUUGGGCAUAAUAUCACUUAACAAUGAAAUAUUAAAGUGAAAUGACUGAACAUCAAAAUUUAGUUAUGAAUAGUAGUCAGCCAUAAGGAUUGUUUCCUAGUCAUCCUGAUUCUCAAAGUAAUCGUAUGAUGAUUCCUAAUUAUUCUACUUAAUCACAUUAUGAAAAACAUUGGUAAUACAAUCAAUAGAUAAACGACAUCAGGAAGUUAUUGUUAUAUAGGAAAUCAAGGUAUUGUACAUGAAACUACUCUAAAAUUAUUAUAUGCAGCUAGAAAAUAUCUCAAAACUGAUUCAUUAAAUUUUGUAGUUUUUGUCUCUUCUGAAUUGGGUGGAAUGAGUGGAGCUGGCAUAGGAAGAAAUAUAUUUAAUAGAUUUAUGAUGUGAUCAACAUCUCUACAUAAUUCAUUUAAUGGAGUAUAUUAUCUUGUUUA